CUAGAAUAAGAGGGUUUUGGCUAUCUUUUCCUCUCCCUCCCCUCCAUCUCUCUAUCAUUCCUUCCUACCCUCCAUCUUCUUGUACAUUCCCCUAACAAAAUUUAUCAGCACAAAAUCCUUCUCCUUAACCAAGAACACACAACAUAGGAAGAACGGGAGAAUGGGUUCAAUGAUAUUAAUCGAGGUGAUAUUGGCCAUUUUGGUACCGCCAGUCGGCGUCUUUCUCCGUUUUGGAUGCGGGGUGGAAUUCUGGAUAGACUUGUUGCUGACGAUGUUUGGCUACCUUCCUGGUAUGAUAUACGCCAUUUAUGUCCUCGUGGGAAAGCAGCAAUCAGUGUAGAACGAUCUGGGAUCUCACCAUUUUUGAAGACAUCUUUACUUUGUAAAAUCUGGUUUGGUAAGCUUUAGGAUGUUUCAGGUGUUCCUUAGU